UAACAUAACCCAGACAGUAACCGUGGAACGUAAAUACAAAUACAGAGUAGGCCAGCUCCCCGGCAACUCCCCUCGACGGCGGCAUACACCCCUCCAAAACCGAACGUCUACAUUACAUCGACUUUCAGACAUGGCAACCUCGACACCGUCGCGGGAGGAAUUGCCCAUUGGUGGUUCCAAGAGAGUGUGGACUACUCUGAUCACCAACACUGCUUACCUCACGGGACUUCUCACCCUCGAUUACUCCCUCAAAUCUCAGGGCUCCAAAUAUCCCCUCGUCGCACUAUACACCGAUACCUUCCCCGCCGAAGGCCAUGCGGCCCUCGAUGCGCGCAACAUUCCCAAGAAGCAUGUCAAAUACCUGCUUCCCACGAAAGGGAGAGACUACACCAACGACCCGCGGUUCUACGACUGUUGGAGCAAAUUGACGCCCUUCUCCUUGGUGGAGUAUGAGCGGGUUGUGCAGUUGGACUCUGACAUGCUGGUACUGAAGAACAUGGAUGAGCUGAUGGAGAUGGAGCUCGACUCGCCCGAGUUGGGGGGCAAAGGCGACAAGGUGUUCGCGGCAAGUCAUGCUUGCGUUUGCAAUCCGCUGAAGAAGGCACACUACCCCAAAGAUUGGAUACCGGAGAAUUGCGCGUUCACGUCGCAGCAUUCCACACCGGACGAAGCACAACGCACGGGAGCGUCGCCCUCAUUUGGGUUGGGGAUGCCGAAUGGUGGCCUGCAAGUGGUAAACCCAUCGCAGGCCGUCUACCAGCUCAUCCUUGACCAGCUUGCAAAGGACUCGUCGUUUGACUACGACUUUGCGGACCAGUCACUGCUCGGCGAUGUGUUCCGCGGGCGCUGGGUUGCGCUACCGUACAUCUACAAUGCGCUCAAGACGUUGAGGCACAAAGGCGUACACGAGCAGAUUUGGAGGGACCAGGAGGUCAAGAACGUGCACUACAUUCUGAGUCCGAAGCCAUGGGAUGAGAAAUUGGGGGAGCAUGCGGAGGAGAGCCACAAGUGGUGGUGGGACGUGAACCUUAAAAGGCGAGAGGCAGAAAAGGCGCAGGGGCUAGACGACGAAUUCUGA